CCGGUCUAUCCCAAACUCUUCCCCAGCUAUCUUGUCGAUCAUUUUUUUUCCCGGUUCUUUGGUCUAUUUAUUCUCACCCUGUCACUCCUUUUCUUGCCCGCUACCAUGAAAUUCGCCAUCGCUGCCCUUCUUUUCGGCACCUCCGCCGUCGUCGCCGAGCACAGCUACUAUGUAAACGGCCACUAUGACCAGGAGGCCCAGCACCGCGAUGCGGAUUGCGAAUUUAACUGCUUCCUUCCAUUCUUCAGGAACAAGUGCAACUCGGAUAACCCUGCUUGCGAAUGCACACUGCACGACAUGCGCGACAGCUACUUCUGCUGCGUUGCGCAGAGUUGCAAGGACUAUGUUGCUUACGACCUCGUCGAGAGAGCGUCUCGCAAUUGUGUUGCUUGGAAGCUGCCUUUCCCCGAGUUUGACUUCCAGGCCAAGUGCAACAUCAAGAUUAGCAAGGAGACAACCUCUCUGCCAGCGCCCUCCAAGUCGAGCGUUGCUGCUGCAGCAAACUCUGGCACAGCUUCUGCUGCUGCUUCUGCAUCGGCUACAUCAGCGGGAGGAGACAAGCCUGCGUCUCAGACAUCUGCUGCUGCUGCUGCCCAGGCGUCGGGCUCGGAUGCCUCCAAGACGGCGGCUACUAGCGGCUCUGACAAGCCCUCGGCGUCAUCGUCUGGCUCACCGGCUGCUACAACAAGCGCAAAGGGUGCUGGUUCGCGUGUUGGUGCCGGAGCAGGCGCCCUGGUCGGUCUCGGUGCCGUCGUUGCCUUGGCCCUGUAAAUAUAAGACGUAACGUGUGCCUGGCAUAGCUAGCCGAUGGGGAUGGGUCGGAACGUCUUUUUAUACUUGAGUAUAUACUUGAUCUAGAUGUAUAAAAUUGGCUGCCUUGGUUUU